AUGGAGGUUGUGAAUAAGGAGACGAAGGCUUCAUAUCAGCCCUUGAGCAACCUCGACGAUGGCGAAGAGUUAUCAGCCUCGAAGAACGCUCGUUUGCUGCCACGAUUGUCGCCGCAGUGUUUCCUCGCGUGUAAUGUGGCCAUCUUGCUUCUGAAUGUUUCAUUGAUCACCGUGUUAAUGUCAUGGGCAUUGACCAAAAACGCUUUGCGUGCUACCGAUUGUAUGCUCCCUCCAACGCCCAAUGAAAAGCUUUUACAGAGACAGCAACGGACGUUCACACUCUCCUCGGCCUGGUCCGGAGCUCCCAGCAACGAAACAGACCAGGCGUGGAAAAACCUCGUCGAGGACGACAUGGGCGCAUUUAGCAUCUCUGGAAAGCUCUUUCAACAAGUCAAUCCCUCUCUGGAGACAGGAGUCCGCGUACCUUACGAGCCUGAGGACAAGUACGUGGCGACUUUUGACGUCGUGCACAAACUGCACUGUCUGGUAAGCGAGCUCCUCCAAACUUAUCCCCUCUGCGAUACUUUUGCCCGUCAGCAAGCUCACACUUAUGUGCCAGAAUCUUAUUCGUCAGAGCUUCUACCCAGAUCGGUAUCCCGAUUAUCGAGGCUUCUAUGGCCACACGUCAAUGGAGGUUCAGGUGCAUCGCGAGCACUGUAUCGAGCAGAUUCGCCAGUCGUUGAUGUGUAG